GAUAUGAGCACAUGCGCGGUCCUUGUCGACUGGCCGGUCUAUCAUGGCGACAUACGUGGAUAUCCUGAAGAGCGAGUUUCCCGAAAUCGACAUUGAAGUCUUCGAUUAUAUCAAUGGUGUGCUGGAAAGUGGAGGUGCAGACUUUGAGGAUGGAGAGGAAGUAUUUGACGCCAUUGGAGGAUUGUUACAGGGGUCGUCAGCCGACUGCAAGAAUGAGGAUGAUGUCCGUGACAUCUGUUUGCAAAUGUUCAACACACUCAAGUUGAAUAACCGCCAUCCCGCUCGGAAGCAAGUGCUUCUGGAUGCUCCAGUCCAGUUGUCACAGAUCUCCUCAGACUGUGUGUCUGCUACCAGUGAUGUCCAAGGUAUCUGGAUGACUAAGCGUGGUCAGAACACGACAGUGAAUGCAAAAAAGCUAGAGAAGGCUGAGGCCAAGCUGAAGGCCAAACAGGGGAGGAGGAAUGAGAAAGACUCCCUGAGACCCCCCACUCAAGUUGUGCUGGAGGAGGCUUCUGCCAGUCAGGCAAGCAAUAAGAAGGACACUCGUGUGGACAUGUCUGGCAAGAAUCGGAGCUAUGACAUUCGCAUUGAGAACUUCGAUGUGUCAUUUGGGGAACGGACCCUGCUCCAGGGGGCGGAGAUAUCGCUGGCCACGGGUCGGCGCUACGGAUUGGUGGGGCGGAACGGUUUGGGCAAGACCACGCUGCUGAAGAUGCUGGCCAGCCGCAGCCUGCGCGUGCCGGCACACAUCUCCAUCCUGCACGUGGAGCAGGAGGUGGCUGGCGACGAGACGGAUGCACUCCAGAGCGUCCUUGAGAGCGACACGGUCCGUGAGGGCCUGCUGAUCGAGGAGAAGACGCUAAACACGCGCAUCGCCAACGGAUUGGCAGAGGGGAUGGAGAGCGUGCGUCUGUCCGAGAUCUACGUCCGGCUGGAGGAGAUCGACGCGGACAAGGCUCCUGCACGAGCCUCUGUUAUUCUGGCAGGUCUAGGAUUUAGUCCAAAAAUGCAACAGCAGACAACCAAGGAGUUCUCUGGAGGCUGGCGGAUGAGGCUAGCGUUGGCCAGAGCCCUGUUUGCCAAGCCGGACCUAUUAUUACUUGAUGAGCCUACUAACAUGUUGGAUGUCCGAGCCAUUCUCUGGUUGGAGAACUACUUGCAGACAUGGCAGUCCACAAUUGUUGUAGUCUCUCACGACCGUAAUUUCCUUAAUGCCGUGGUCACGGACAUCGUGCACCUGCACUCGCAGCAGCUGGUCAGUUACCGUGGCGACUAUGAGAACUUUAUUAAAACCAAGGAGGACCGUCUAAAGAACCAGCAGAGGGAGUACGAGGCCCAGGUUCAGUACAGAGAUCACAUACAGGUGUUCAUCGACAGGUUCCGAUAUAAUGCAAACAGAGCGGCGCAGGUGCAGAGCAAACUCAAGCUGCUGGAGAAACUGCCUGAACUCAAGCCCCUAGAAAAAGAGACUGAAGUUACUUUACGGUUUCCGGAUCAAUUUGAGAAGCUGUCUCCUCCUAUCCUACAGCUGGAUGAGGUGGAGUUCUACUACACCCCAGACCGGAAGCUCUUCAGUGGGCUUUCUGUGUCUGCGGACCUGGAGUCUCGCAUCUGCAUUGUGGGAGAGAAUGGCGCAGGAAAGUCCACGGCGCUGAAGUUGCUGAUGGGUGACCUGACACCAGUCGGUGGUGUCCGACAGGUUCACCGAUCUUUAAAGAUUGGCUACUUCAGUCAGCACCAUGUGGACCAACUAGACAUGAAUGUUUGCUCAGUGGAACUGCUGCUCAACAAAUUCCCUGGUCGUAACGAGGAAGAAUACCGGCAUCAGCUGGGGCGGUAUGGCGUAACUGGAGAGCUAGCCACACGGCCGGUUGCGAGCCUUUCAGGAGGACAGAAGAGUCGAGUGGCCUUUGCUCAGAUGACAAUGCCUUGUCCCAACUUCUACAUACUUGAUGAGCCGACGAAUCAUCUGGAUAUGGAAACCAUAGAGGCUCUGGGAAAAGGGCUCAACAAAUUCAAAGGCGGCGUGGUGCUGGUGUCUCACGACGAGCGCCUGAUCCGAGAGGUGUGUAAAGAGCUAUGGGUGUGUGAGGGGGGCAAGGUGAAGCGCAUCGACGGCGGCUUUGACGAGUACAGGGACAUCCUGCACGAACAGUUCCGCAAGGAGGGCUACCUGUGAGGCCUCACAUCGCCAGCCGACCACCACCGCCAGUAACACCCAUCGCCCAACACGCCAACAAAACAAGACUCUUGACAUCAGACACGCUAAACUGCCAAUCAAGUACAGACCUACCCACACAUGCAUUCGUUCCACUGCCAAGGAGCACCCUAAGGGAUCAACAGAGACGGUCCCUGAGGCGUUGCUCCAAUGUGGCUAUCCUUCCUGGCCCUUUUUAGCCCCCAGCCUCACUCUCUGUUGGCUCACGUCAAAGACCACCUUGUACAACUCUCAGCCUCCCUCAAUCCCAAUUUGGCCCUCAUUGCUAGUCCGCCAUGGCCCCAUCUUAAUGGAGGGCACCGGCAAUGUUGUCUCUGACCGCUUUGCGUUGUGAAAGCCACUCGGAGCCCACUGCAUCAGCUUGUUAAAACCUUGUUUAAAAGCUCAUUUUUGUUGAUGCCUCAUCCUUGUUCAGUCUUUUGAUGUUUGUGAAAAGGGAGAAGGGGGUUUGGAAGGGAGGGAGGGAAAGAGGUGUCAUUAUCACCGGUGAGGUAUGGGAUAUUCCCUGUUCAAUUCUAAGACUAAAUCACAAAUAAUUUUUCCAAUACCCCAUGGGGUAACCCAUAUAAAGUAAAUAAGUACAUACUCAAAAUUAUAAUACUUGUGGAAGAAUACUAUCAGAAUAAAGUCCCCAUGUUUUAAAGAUGUACUUAAGUUAUAAAUAGGUGUUUUAAAAUACUCAUAAGUCAAUGAUAAUAAAAUCAGUCAUCACCAGUU